GCUCUUUGGCUUCUCCUUUUCCUUUUGGUCUGUGUAAUAUGGCCGAAUGUCUCUUGGGAGUUCAUCUUCGUCAAACGGUCCGUAGUUUUUGGCCGCCUACUGCCCCCUUCAAAGUUUCUAGCAUCUCAAAAUCUAGAUCUCAGGAGACUUGGAAACCGACCAUCCGUCACUAUUAUCCCUACAAUAACUUAUACUAAAAGUUGCAAAUAAAUGAGGUAGAAAAGAUCAUUACUUGAUUGACCUCCCUUAAUCAAAUUUAUUGGGUCCUUCUUCAAUGACAGUAAAUACAAUAUUAGAUUAGAAACUGUUCAUAAAACAAUAGACAGGCGGAGAGAAUAGUAGAAACGUAUUUUAUUAACUCCUUAACCCGUGUCAUUAAUCCCCUGAUGCAUCUCGCCCUUGCAAAUAGGAGGCGUCAAGCAGCCUGACCGAGAAGCGACGGUAACCAGCCCAGCUAUCCUCCAAUACAAACCCUAACUCUACCUCCCUCCCCUCAAACCCUAGCCCUAGUUCCUCAUGGAGAUCGAAGAGCAUGAGCCCCUUCCCUCUCCUAGCAAGGAGCUCCAAUCGCCGUCGUCGGAUGCAGUGACGGGGGAGGGAGAGUCGAAGCGGCCGAAGCACCAUCACCAUCUCCACGAGGGCGACGAGGAUGGGGAGAAUAUUCUUGGAGUUCCCGCGGACAAUCGAAUGGUUGAGGAUGGGGGAUUGGAGGAAGGAGAGAUUGUUGAAGAAGGCGUGAUCAUUGAGGAAUCAGUACUCUCUGGAGAGGAUAGAUCUUACUCAGAUAAGGAACUGAAAGCAAUUGACUCUUACUCAAAUGCAUUGUACAGUCAAAAUAGAUGGGAAAAUGCUGAUGACUUAAUGAAUCAUGCAUCCUUAGUUAAACAUUGUGGGAUUGCAAGUAGAAAAACUGAAGCUAUUCCAAGAUAUGACCCUAUUGAUAAGGAUGAUGAUGCUGGUGAUGAUUACUUAAAAAGUAAAAUAAGGUCACUUGAUUCUGACUACGAUACAAGUAAUAGGGUGAAUAUGCAGGUGCGACAUGCAGUCAGAAACCAACCAAAUGAUGUAUAUAUGGAGAUGGACAGGGGCCCCAUGGAAAUGGAGAGGCGUAUUUUUCAUAACAAACAUGAUGGUCUAGAAGAGAGGUAUAGUGAUUAUGAUAGACGAAAAGGGAGGGAUAGAUAUGAUAGAUGGGAACCCAGAUGCAUUGAUCGUGGCAGAGAAUGGGACAGGAGUAAAGAACGCCGAGGGAGAAGAUAUAGUAUCUUUAGUAUGCAUGUUCGUGACAGAGAAAGAAGAGAAAGAGACAAAGGUAGUGUGGGACAUAGGUAUAUGUGGACACCAAGAGAUGUAAGCAGGGAGACGUAUAGAGAAAGGGACAGAUUAAGGGACGUGAAAAGCAGAAGGGAAAGUGACAGAUAUGGUUAUGAUAGAGAUAAGCGUCAAAUCAGGCACAGAGAGCUGAAGUUAGAUAGGGACAGAGAUCAUAAUGGGCAAAAGUAUGCGGAAAAGGGUCUGCAUAGAGAUAGAACAAGAUCAAAGAAUCCUGCUAGACAAUAUUUUCAUGAAGAAGAGGAGUCAUUAAGGGAGGAGGAUGAAGCAGACUAUCAAGAGAGAAUUGAAGAGCAACUUGCGAAACUGGAGGAUGAUCUUGACAAAAUUGAGGAAACCAGAAAAAGGAGACAAGCUAUCUCGGGAAAAUAUAAACAACAGCAGCUGCAAGAACAUGUUGAAUCUCCAUCACAAAAGAAUAAGGAAAUGCUUAAAGAUAAGUUAUGGGAGCUAGAUGCUGAGAGUUCUGGUGGCCAAGCUCCUGUUGGAGACACUGAUGCGAAUCAGGAUUCCUCUGAUGGUGAUGAUUAUGCUGCUGAUCCAUCAUUUGAUGUGGGGAAAUCUCCUUUACUUAAUGGUACCUCAGGCCUUGAGAAGAGAGGUGAUUCUGUGGGGCUUGGUGAGGGCAUUCCCAAGGACAAAGGGAUGAUUUACAAAUUGAGAGAAGUGGUCUUUAUGACAACUUGGAUGACGCAGAGGGUUACUGCAGUAAGAUGAGACUGGAAAGGGUGAGCCAAAAGAGGUUGCCAUAAAAAUCAUUCGCAGCAGUGAGACUAUGUGAGUAAAGCAUUGACUAAAUGCGUUCUUAAUCAGUAGUUUUUUUAUUUA